UCCAAGCUAUAACUUGACUUACGGAAUGGGGGUGCUCUGUGUUCCGCCGAUUGUGCUAUUUCUACUGGGGUUUGUCAUGAACAAUAAUGUGUCUAUGUUGGCAGAAGAAUGGAAGAGGCCCACCGGGAUGAGGCAAAAGGACUCCGCAGUCCUUCGUUACAUGUUUUGUUCAAUGACGCAGCGAGCAUUGAUUGCCCCAGCGGUUUGGGUAUCAGUAACUUUAUUGCACGGAGAGUGUUUUAUAUGUGCAUUUAGCACUUCAGUGCCCGUUGAAAAACUCGGUAACAUGACGGGAGUCACCCUAUCUGAAAAGGAAAUUAAAAGAAUAUUGGCCAGGAUUCCUUGCAAAGAUAUUUAUGAUGGGCAUCACAUUAUCGGCCAAGAAGUGGCUUCUCGGUACCUGCGCUGUAUCUCUCAGGUAAGAAUGCCUCGUUACAUUUUGACUUGUAUAUGUAGAAAGCAGUGUGGAUUGGGGGACAGAAUAAAAAGGAAUAAAAGGGAAAUAUGACAUGUCACACAUGUCAUGUGUCCUUAAGGGGUUAAUAAUAGAAUUUGAGAAGGGACUAUUGGUUAUCAAAUCCUCAUCAAGGAUAUGAUGCAUUAGUUAACGUAUUUUCAUUGGGAGUAAAUUAAAGCUUUGGGUCAUUUUGUAUAUUAGGGUUUUUAGUUCUGUAAACUUGCACAUCUCACUGUUAAGUUAAUAAACCCCACUGUAUAAUGUAGGUAAGGACAAUACAACUUAAGAGAGGGUGACAAGGAAAAAUAGGACAACUCUACAUGGUCUAAGAUGUAUUGCAGAUUGAGUGUUAUACAACUUUUAUUACUGUGUAGUUUAUUAAGAUAAAAAACAAAACAUUUAAGUGUCUUUGUUAUCUUCUUCACAUAAUAUAAUGCUUGAAACACUGACAUUUCAACAAGUAGGUGUAAAGUCAGCUAAAUGAUUGAAAUCAAUAGCAUUCUUUUUUAUCUGUGUUAUUUCAAGAUAAAUAACUUUUUUGAAGUCAGUUUUUUUCUACAAAAUUGUGCACUCCCUACAGUUUAAAGAAUGGGGUAAGCUUGUUUAACUAGACUUUGAGAAAUCUGGAUCUGCUUCUUAGUUCUUUAAAAUAAUUCUAAAUAUAUAUUUUUUAUAUAAUAUACUGGACAAAACUAACCUAAUAAAAAUUGACAAAAAAUAUUGCAAUGCAUCUCACAGCCUCCCCAAUGAUAACCUUUUUAAUACUCUAUGGCUUGAUGCAUACUCUUUAGGAAAUUGGGCAUUGGAAUCUGCCCAUCCUCAGAUUUUUGGGGAGGACUCCCAAACACAUGCCUUGUCUGUUUGAAUACUUUGAUAACUCGCAAUAAUAUUUUAAUUGCAUAUUGCUUUCUUCUAUUUUAAUGGCAUAUCAGCCCAUAACAUCAUCUUAUAUGUGAUUGUUACUCAAAUAAAAAUAAAGAAUGAAUGUACUUUUAAAGAGACAUUAUAGUCACCAGAACCACUACAGCUUAAUGUAGUGGUUCUGGUGUCUAUAACGUGUCCCUGCAGACUUAGCACUGUUAACACUGACUUUUCAGAAAAAAAGCAGUGUUUACAUUGCUGGCUAGUUACACUUCUAGCUGCAGCCACUAGAUGUACUUCCUGUGUUAGUGUCAGUGGCGUACACAUGACCCAUGGGGCCCUGGUGCAAAAAUUGAUCCGUGGGCCCCCCCCUCACGCGCGCGCGCGGGCCGGGCCGCAACACAUGGCGGUGGGCACCUGGUCGCAGGGGUUACAGGGCUGCGACCCCUGCGACCGCGGUAUGUACGCCAGUGCAUGCAGAUGCACACACACUUAAAGGACCACUACAGACACCCAGAUCACAUCAGCUCAAUGAAAUUGCCUGGGUGUCAGGUCCCUCUAGUUUUAACCCUGCAGCUGAAAACAUAGCAGUUUCAGAGAAACUGCUAUGUUUCACUGAGGGUUAAUCCAGCCUCUAGUGGCUGUCUCACUGACAGCCGCUAGAGGAGCACACUGAAUGUCCAUAGGAAAGCAUUGAGCAAUGCUUUCCUAUGGGCGGUUUGAAUGCGUGCGCGGUCGCAUUCGGAGCUGAGAGGCUGAGGGAUCCCCAGCGCCAGGGGAGUCCGGCGCUGGAGAAAGGUAAGUGCUGAAGACACACAUUCUCACUUACAGACGCUUACACACUAGCUAACAGACACACAUUUGCUGACAGAGACACAGUCAGCGACAGACAUACAUACACACUCACUUACAAAACAUACACUCUCAUUGACAAACACAAACUCACUAACAGACAUCAAACAGACUCACUAACACACACUCAGUAAGACACACACAGUAACACACUCACUGACACUCACUAGCAGACACACACUAACACUCACUCUAACACACACACACUAACUAGCAGACACACACUCACACUAACACUCACUCUAACACUCACACACACUAACACUCACACACACUAACACUCACUCACACACACUCACUCUCACUAACACUAACACUCACACUAACACUCACUCUCACUCUAACACUCACUCUCACUCUAACACUCACUCUCACACUCACUCUCACACUCACACUAACACUCUCACACUAACACUCUCACACUAGCACACUCACUCUAACACUCACUCUAACUCUCACACUAACUCUCACACUAACACUCACUCUAACACUCACUCUAACACUCACUCUCAUGCUAACACUCACUCAUGUAUUUUUUUUUUUAAAUUUAAUUCCCCCAGCCUCCUUACCUUUUGGAGUGCUGGGGGGAUUCCCUGGGGUCCAGUGGCCCUGCUGACACCCGGAAGGCGGGUGGCCGGUCGGGAAGCCCGGCGCGUGAGGGAGCACUCACUGAGUGCUCCCUCGCGCGCCGGGCUUCCCGACCGGCCACCCGCCUUCCGGGUGUCAGCAGGGCCAGCCUCGGGGGGCCCUGGGGUGGUCGGCUCCUGGGCCCCCCAGGGGAAGAGGCUGGCCCUGUGGGUACAUACCAGGUCGCAGGGGCGGCCGGGCCCCCUGGUGGGCCGGGCCCGGUCGCAGCCGCGACCCCUGCGACCCUGGUAUGUACGCCACUGUUUAGUGUUGCACAGUGUGCAGCACUGACGUUCACCAUCUCCAAGCUCUGCAUAAAGGUGCUGAAUGUUCCUCACAGAGAUGCAUUGAUUCAAUGAAUCUCCAUGAGGAGAUAUUGAUUGGUGCUUUUGCUGUGCAUGCGCAAUAGCCUCCCAAAGCUGCCCUAUGGGAAGCAUUGGAUUGGCUGAGAUCACCAGAUGAUCUCAGUCAAAGAGGCGGAGCCAGGGACCUAAUGCUGCAUUGCACAUGUUUGUAUUCUUAACACUAUAGUGUUCCUUUAACUACUUAGUUAAUCUCUAUGAUAAUAUGUUCUGAAUUAAUAUUAGUUAAAUAGAUCAUGACAUUAAUCCAGAAACAUAUAUGUUCUUUUAUGGAGAUAAAUAAAACUAGCACAUCUGUAAUUACUACAACAAUUAAAUAUUACCCCUAGUUAGAAAUGAUGCACCCACGUGAAACCUGAAAUGACUCAGCCAGGCCUUUGGUGGGUGUAGGCACUGAUUGCAGAGGAGUGGUGAAGAUUUAAGAAAAAACCGCUGCAACACAUUGGAUGUGGAUUAAAAAAUAUACUAAAGGGAAACUCUAAGCAACAUCACCACUACAACUCUGAGUAGUUCUUAUGUUGUCCGCUGUAAGACCAGUGGCAUAAAUACCACAGUUGCAAAGGUUGCAGUGGCCACCGGGCCCGUCACUCGAGGGGGGAAGGCACCAAUGCAACCCCUGCCACUGUGGGCCAACUGCACACCUUUAGGGCUGGUGCCCACGAGGCUGACCAGCAGGAGGUGAGCGAUGUGUUGUGUUGAUCCCCUUCUGCCUGUUUAUAGCAUGGCCAAGCGCUAUAAAAGGAAGUGCUCACUGAAAGAGCACUUCCUGUCAGACCACUUGGGGGGAGGCAGGGUGCCCGUGGUUUCUAGUUACGCCUCUGUGUAAGACCAUACCCCAGGCCUCACCAUUGUAAGAGGUUUGAGAAAAAACAGGACUCUCUCCGUGGUAGCCAGAAAAGACAGCCCAUUCCUUUCCCUGCUGUUAAAAAAACAGAAAUUUCACGUUUGUAUUAUCAAUGUUACAGCGAAACCCGACAUGAAAGGCCCUGACCAAAUUGUAGUAGGCAAUAGGAAGUUAAAACUUAAAGGGACACUCCAGGCACCCAGACCACUUCUGCCCAUUGGAGUGGUCUGGGUGCCAACCAUUGGCGGAUCCAGGGGGGGGGCAACGGGGCAAUUGCCCCCCCCGAGAAAUCCGCCGGUCUCCCUCCCCUCCCAGCCGUGCAAUGUGCCUGCGGACCGGGGAGGAAGAUCAGAGAUCUCCCUCCCCGGUCCGCAGCCACUGUGCUGACAGCCGGCGGCGGAGGGAGGGAGUGAGAGAGGACCCGGAGCUCAGUCUGCAGCUCCUCCGGGUCCUCCUCUCUCGAGAUUUGGAGCGUUGCCGCGGUUACCACGGCAACGCUCCAAAUCUCGCGAGAGUGAACUCUAGCCCGGGAGCGCGGGCUAGAGUUCACUCUCACCACUGGGACCACCAGGGAAUCACCACUGGGACCACCAGGGAUCGAAAUAUGUCCCCCCUCCUCCCCAGUAAAGGUAAGAAGGGAGGGGGGACAUAGGAUAUUUAUUUUAUUAAAUAAAAUGAAAAAAAAAUAUUAUUUAAAAGCCUCCUUCCCCCCCAUUACACACACUGCCCCCCCAUACCACACACUGCCCCCCCCAUACCACACACUGCCCCCCCCAUAUCACACACUGCCCCCCCAUACCACACACUGCCCCAUACACACACUGCGCCCCCAUUACACACACUGCCCCCAUUACAAACACUGCCCCCAUACCACACACCUCUGCCCCCCAUACACACACACUGUCCACAAACACUGUCCCCAUACACACACUGGCCCCACAAACACUGUCCCCAUACACACACACUGCCCCAUACACUUCCCCACAAACAUUGUCCCCAUACACACACUUCCCCACAAACACUGUCCCCCAUACACACACUGUCCCCCAUACACACACUGUCCCCAUACACACACUGACCCCCAUACACACACUGCCCCACAAACACUAUCCCCAUACACACACUGUCCCAAUACACGCACUGCCCCAUACACACACACUGCCCCACAAACACUGUCCCCAUACACACACUGUCCCCAUACACACACACUGUCCCCAUACACACACUGCCCCACAAACACUGUCCCCAUAAACAUUGCCCCCCAUACACACACUGCCCCACAACACUGUCCCCAUACACACACUGCCCACAAACACUGCCCCCAUACACACACUGCCCCACAAACAUUGUCCCCACACACACUGCCCCCCCAUACACACACUGCCCCACAAACACUGUCCCCCAUACACACACUGUCCCCAUACACACACUACCCCACAAACACUAUCCCCAUACACACACUGCCCCCCAUACACACACUGCCCCACAAACACUGUCCCAAUACACACACUGACCCCAUACGCACACACUGCCCCACAAACACUGUCCCCAUACACACACUGCCCCACAAACACUGUCCCUGACAUACACUGCCGCACUCACACACUUCACCCUUAACACACACCACUGCUCCUAUACCCUAUAUCCCAGCAGACCCCAGGUAAGUUGUCAAACUGUUCUUAAACAGUAUGACUACUUACUCUGGGGUGGAAUCCUGGCACUACUGACACCAUAACUACUACACUGAGCUGUAGUAGUUAUUGUGCCUGGAUUAUUUAUUUAAAUAAUCUACAAGUGCCCCUCCCGAGAUCAGGCUCUGGAUCCGCCACUGGUGCCAACUCCCACCACCCUUAACCCUGGAAGUGUAAUUAUUGCAGUUUUUAUAACGUCGGUGGGGGAGAAGAAUAGGCGGAGCCUGACCCAGAGCCGAGGGACAUCGGUGCUGAAUUCAGGUAAGUCACUGAAGGGGUUUUAAUCCCUUCAGCAACAUGGGAUGGGGGGUGGGAGGGAGAGGGGCACUGUAGGGUUCUGCAUAUUUGUUUUCCUGGCACUGGAGAGUCAUUUUAACUUUUAGUAAGCAUAAAAUAGACAUAAAUCACAAAAAACACUCAAUAUAAGUGAAAAAAAUUAUAUACAAAUUGUAAGUAAACAAAGUAAAUAAGAGUAAAUAAAUAGUAAAUAUAAAUGCUAAAUAUAAUGAAUCAAAUCUAGCUUGUAGUACUGUGCAAUGUAAGAGGACUAAUAAUCAGCCAGAAGUACUAGGAGCUAUGAUUAACCUAAGACAGACAAAAAGAGGUGUCAGAUAAUCACAAGUACAGAGUAAUAUGUCUAAUUGUAACAAUCAGUACUAUUAAAGGACCACUAGAGUGCCAGGAAAACAUACUCGUUUUCCUGGCACUAUAGUGCCCCCACCCUCAGGGUCCCACUCCCGCUGGGCUGGAUGACGAGGAAGGGGUUAAACACUUACCUUUCUCCAGUGCUGGGUUCCCUCGGUGCUGGAGACUCUCCUCCUCCUUUCCCCGUCAUCGGCUGAAUGCGCAUGUGCGGCAAGAGCCGCGCGCGCAUUCAAACCACCCAUAGGAAAGCAUUACUCAAUGCUUUCCUAUGGACGUUAGCAUCUUCUCACUGUGAGUUUCUCUGAAACUGCUAUGUUUACAGCAGGCAGGGUUAAACCUGGAUGGACCUGGCACCUAGACCACUUUAUUGAGCUGAAGUGGUCUGGGUGCCUAUAGUGGUCCUUUAAUUGUACUUUUUUGUUACAAUUUAUUGUUUGCUUACUUACUAUUUGUAUAUAAUUUUUUUCAUUUAUGUUGAGUGUUUUUUGGUGAUUUACGUAUUUUUUCAUACUUAUUAAAGGUUCAGUUUUAACUUCCUGUAGUCUGCUACAAUUUGGUCAGCGUUUUUCAUGUCGUCUUUUUUUUUUUGUAUUUCAUAUAGCCAGAGUUAUGCCCUCCUUUGCCCUUUGACCUUUACCUCAUGGCUCCCAUCCUUUUCUUAUUGUAUUAUCAAUCAAUCAAUCAGUCAAUUUAUCAGCCAGGUUAGGUGGCAGUGACGGUCUUAGUGUGCUAGUCUAACACAACCCCAGUGCUCUCAGCUUAUGAUAUCACCACAUUAUGGCAGCAUUAAGGGAAUAAACUCACAACCCAAAUCUAACUUUGAGUUAUUGUAUGGUUGUGCAAGAGAAAUCCUUUUUGUAUCUGUUUGAAAACACUAUCCAUGCACAAAGGAAAAAUAAAAAGCAAUAUUGUAGGCACAAUAGGCAUUAUGCCUCUUAAAGUGAAACUAACACAAUACCUUGACACCUGACACAUAUUUUUUCACUUAAGUGUGUGAAUACCUGUCGGAAUAAUUCACCAAAAAUGUAUCAUCAGAAAGGUGGGUAGCUAAUUUGGGGAAAUAUAAUUAAAGUGCACUGUAUUUCCAACUCAGCUAUUAGGCAUUAAGUUUGACAUUCACCAGUGCAUUCCUGACAAUGUCUGCGGGUUACACAAUGCGCCACAGGCUCCGUUUCCUCAAACAUGCUGUCUCGCAACAUUUCAUUGCAAAUGUAUUUUUUUCACCUGAAACCAGCAACAGCAGCUUAUUACAAGACAUAAAAAUACAUUCCCACGACCUAAAAAUGUAGGCCAAUAACAUGUAAUAAAAAUACUUAUUGUACUUCUGAAUGAUACAACCUUUCAUUUCAGAAUAAUGUGAAAAACAAAAUGAUGGCAUCUGGCAAAUCACAAUUACUUGACUUUAUUUAUAUUUUUAAAUUAUAUAUACAGUAGUGUUGCACCCCUAGUGCCCUCCUGCCCAUAAUUAAACAAACACUAUAAUGUCAGGAAUACAAACAUGUAUUUCUGACACUAUAGGUCAAAUAGCUAUUUAGGCCUUAGGCAGCACUUACCACAAGUUACUCACUUUAUUCCAGUGCCAUGCAGGUCUGUUGCGACUGGCUCCGUUCACACUCUGCCCCCUUGGCUGAGAUCAUCUCACUUGACGAUCUCAGCCAAUAGGAAAGCACUGGGAGGCUAUCAUUGUUGCGCGACUGUGCUAAUCAGCAUCUCCUCAUAGAGAUACAUUGACUCAAUGCAGCUCUACGGGGAACGUUCAGCACCUUCAUGCAGAGCACAGAGGCACUGAACGUGACCUAGGAAGCACCUCUAGUGGACGUCUGAGUGACUGUCACUAGAGGUGUUACAGGCACCAAUGUAAACACUGUCUCUUCUCUGAAAAGGCAGUGUUUACAGUAAAAUGCCUGCAAGGACAGACUAAAGACCACAAGAACAAUUACAUUAAGCUGUAGUUGUUCUGGGGACUAUAGUGUCCGUUUAAUGAUAAUUGUUAUUUAUUUUAAAAAGGAAAUUAAGCUAUUUUAGCUAUUUAUUUAAAAAAAAAAGCCACUUAGGACAUAAACAGUCAUACUUUUAAAACCACCCUUAUUUUCAAAAUUUUUUUAAAUAUUUAUAAGUUUACAGUUUGGUAAACAAAGGUUAGCAACAAAGCUGGGCAGAUAGAAUAAACCUAGGACAAUGGAAUACAGAGAACUGAGCUGGUGUUUGCUCACACUACCUCACUGAGCACAAGAUGCCCUUGUUCUUCCCUGCAGCUCCCAGCCUCACUGCUCUGCCAAGCUCUGCCAAGCACCACACACGGGCUGCCCAUCUGCAGAGGCAGACACAGGGUCUCAUGUGCAAGGUAGCAAAGCCAAGAGUUUCAUGCUGAGCAUAGAUUUUAUGUCUCAUGCCUCUUGCAUGUUAAAUUACCACAUAAUUACUUAAUUUGUAACUUUGUAACCAAGAGGGUCAGUGGAAAGGCUUAUUGGAAGAUUUGGAAUUGGAAGCGAAUAAAUAAAUAAAAACUAAUAAAUAAUACAAAUUGCAAUAUUAGGAAACAGAGCUUUCAUUAGACUAGACAUUUCAUGAGACAACAUCCAGGUCAGCCCAUCCCCAAUAACACCUCUGGGCAAUCAUACUUUCUGCAGUGCCACACGUAACGAGCCUACAGCUCAAAAUAGCUGUACAAUGCUAAUCUUGGUGGGUGGGUGAGUGGGUUGAACAGCCCCGAGAGAGGAAUGCAUUAGCUGUCACAAAGUGACAGUCACACCUUCACCAAGUCGCCACCACACCACAUUAGGCCGACACUGUUUUCAGUAUUGAAACUGCUUUACAGAUCUAUUAUGCUAUAACAUAAUUUUUCUUUGUUUUUCCACUACACUAAAAUGACCCUCUAAUUUACAAAAUUAGGAGAAGAUCAGUAAAUGAAACAGAAGACCAGGUUGAGUGUUUUCUAACUUGGGUGGCACAAUCAAAGAUUAAUACAAAAUCUCUACAGGAGCCCGACAUGUAAAUCCAGCCCUGAGCCUCACCACACAGUAUGAAAGGCUUAGAGAAGAUAUCCAUGAAAAUUAAAGGGACACUCCAGGCACCCAGAACAGUUCUGCCCAUUGGAGUGGUCUGGGUGCCAACUCCCAUCACCCUUAACACUGCAAGUGUAAUUAUUGCAGCUUUUAUAAACUGCAAUAAUUACCUUGCAGGGUUAAGUCCUCCUCUUAUGGCUGUCUAUAUUCUUAGAACACGAAAAGUGUUUUAAACGACGAUGGACGUCCUCGCUCUGUUCAUGAGGACCUCCAGUGUUGCUGAAAUCCCCAUAGGAAAGCACUGAAUAAUGAUUUCCUAUAGGGAGGUCUAAUGAGUGUGCACGGCCUUUGCGGCACAUGCACAUUAGGUCUCCCCCGCUGGCUGGCGUCAGUGGGGGAAGACCGUGGGCGGAGCCUGACCCAGCGUCGAGGGACAUCAGCGCUGGAUUCAGGUAAGUCACUGAAGGGGUUUUAAUCCCUUCAGCAACAUGGGAUGGGGGGGUGGGAGGUAGAGGGGCACUGCAGGGUAUAUGUUUUCCUGGCACUGGAGAGUCCCUUUAACCCCUUAAGAACCAAACUCCUGGAAUAAAAGGGAAUCAUGACAUGUCACACAUGUCAUGUGUCCUUAAGGGGUUAAGUGGGAAUGCUAAAAAAAAUAUUAUUCGUAUUCAGUGAUAAAAAGUGAUUUAAGGAUAAAAAUCUGGAGAUAGUUCACUAAAUUGAUCUUCCUCUGAAUAGCCAGUCUGAAUACAUUAACAAACUCUGUAAAAGCAAAAGUGAGAAAAAACCUGAGCGGGUCUAACUUUUACCCAUUCUCAAAGUUUUCAUAUUCUCUGUUUUUGUUGCUUUAACAAACUCUUCCUGGAAAUGUAUUUAGCUGUUUUGUGAGCAUAGCAUUAAUAUGGUAAAAUAAACAGUUAUGAGUGAUUCCAUGAAUCUCCUAAAACUAAGAGUUGGUCUAGCAGAAUGGCUUCCUCUAUUCACAAACAUCAGUGGUAAUAUCACACGGAUUAAUGAGCAAUAGCCCACAUCCCACAUCAAUGAACAAGGGAAGGGUCAGAUGGACAGUUGUGCAGUUUAGGCAUAGUUCCAGAGUCAAUUCAAAAGCUGUUAAAAAUGCACUUCCGGGCUAUCGUAUGACAUUCAGGAUGAAUUUCGCAGAUUCUGGAUGGGUUCCAAAGUGGGGCUAAUUCAGGUCAAUUAAAAAUAGUCUUGCAAUACUUGAAAAAUGAAUACAUUUAUUGAAAUCUGCUAUUAUAUGUUUGUCUUUAGAUGAUCACACUUUCUUCAUCCCAAAUUUGCUAGAGAAUAGACGGACAAAUUAAAUGUCAACACACUUGACAAAAUUACUUUUUGCUCUGAAAAAAACUAAUAACACCAUUUACUCUCUCCUCCUAGGCAGUUGGCUGGACCUUUGUCCUCUUGAUGACCUUCUUUGCAUUCCUUGUUCGUGCCAUUCGACCUUGUUUUACCCAAGCUGCCUUCUUGAAAAGCAAAUAUUGGUCUCAUUACAUUGAUAUAGAGCGUAAGCUAUUUGACGAGACCUGUACAGAACAUGCAAAAAGCUUUGCAAAGCUGUGCAUCCAGCAGUUUUUUGAGACAAUGAACAAGGAUAUAAGCAUGGGCCAUUCUCACAUCUUGGAGAAGACCAGUAUGGAGCAAGAAGAGAAUGAUAAACUUUUGGGAAUCACUAACCAAGGCACUAUGAACAAACUUCUGAAAAACUGGCAUAAGUGUAAGCCCCCACUUAAUUUGAAUAAUUACGAGAACCAAAAUGGAAAUGGUUGCAUCAAAGAAAAUCACCAAUGUAAUGGACUAAAUGUUCCUAAGAAAGAAUUUAUAACAUAUUAUAGCAAGGUAUGACAACUGAUAAACGAUGGAAGGCAGACAAAGUCCUUCAAUUUAUGGAAUAGGAAGCCGUUGAUCUUUCUAUAGGCUCUAGGUGCAGAUCAAUGGAACAUGAAAUUAAACGGGACUAAAAAAGUCAAGUGAUGGAGAAUCGGUGCAAGUUUCUGCCCAUUGUGAGCUUUUGAGUCACAUGUUGACCAACUGCUUCUAGAUCGAUCAGUGGUAUUGCGCGAGAAACAGUCAACAGGAUAUGCCUUGAUAUGGCAAUGAGGGUCUACCAUUUAUCUUGAAAAAAACACUUUGUGUCAUGGUUGAAUCCCACAUCCAAUACUUGUGUACAAUAAUUUUAUCUUCAUAGAAAACUCUUACCUUAGUGAUGUUGUAAGAUAUACAUUUGCCAGUAGUUGACUGGCUUGACCGUAAUUGUCAACUUAACCAGUAAUCUUAAUUAACCAAAAGAUUGUCAAAGACUCCAUAAGAGGUGAGAAUUAAGAAGUUUAGUUAAAGAACGCAGAACAUUCUCAAUAAAUAGUGAUCAGACAUUUUUAACAUACACAAGCUUACAUCGAUAUCUAAAGCAAUGGAUUGAUCCAACCAAAAUACAAAUACUGCCUAAAGAUCUAGCUGGUUUUUUUUUUCAGAAUUGCUGUGAGUUUUUUAUUUUUCAGUAAAUAGAAAUAAUGAUCCGUUAACAUUUUUACAGACAAUGGGCACCAAAAUAAAAGGGAACUGUUGUAAUCAGAACAUAUUUCAGAACUUUAUCUUAGAUAAAUACUAUUACAAUUAUUACUUUAUUUAAAUGACAGUAUUAAAGAGACAAUCUUACAAAGUCUGUGUGGUUUGUACAACCUUUAAAUGUUAACGUUGUAUUUGUUCAUUGCUCAAUACUUUUUUUUUUUCUUCGCUGAAAGAGAUGGUUGUUUUGUUGUAACUUGUGACUGUUUUUGUUACAUAACUGUGUUUUUCUCAAUAAAGUGUUAGUUUUAGUUUUUAUAGCAAACAAA